AAACCACCUUUGCCACCAAUGUAGAGAAUGAGGAGGGAGUGGAGUUCUCAUUCAUUAAAGGGUAAAGGAGGAAACCAGGUCCAGUAUGUCAAACGGUACCUUUUCUUUGUUCUUUCUGGUCAAAUAUGUCCGAUUUGAGACCAUUACAUGAGCAAGUACUUUAACAUGUGCAAAGUAUUAACUGUGAAGUUAUGUGAUUAUCUGUGAAGGAAACUGUACUGCAUGAAGACAACAGAAUCAUUCACUCACUGGAUGCAAUCCAACCAUCUCAACUGACAUCACCAUUUUAUUGAUGUCCUUGUUCCUUGUCAAUGAAGUUAGUUGGAGAUGAGAAAGGUCUACCUUUCCAAAUCAUAUCUGACUGCAUGGAGAAUAACUAUGAGACCUCACCUCAGUUCCCUUAAAUGGAGUUUGGCAGUACAUCAUGUGCGUAAGCAGCAACAUUCUUCAGCAAAUGUUAACCGAUUCGUCUACUUGACGCAAGGUCCUACCAGCUGUGCACGCGGAGCAGCUCGAGCUUCUUUCACCAGCGAGUAUGAGCAUCCUCAUCAUCGGACAGGAUUUAAGAGCGCGUUCUAAAACUCGUUGGAAUGUUUUUAUUGCAUUUGGAUUCAUAUGAUUUGAAAUGUAAUACAGAUUUUUUUUAAACCACAUCAAACCAACUAGCCGAUUCACUUCUACCCCAGUCUUUAACUCUGAGAAAACCUUUUAAGGUAAGUCUAAAGAUGUCACUGAUGUUUGGGAAAGCAAGGAGUUGUAACUUCUCUGCUAUCCCUGAGGGGGGACAACCUGAGGUCAAUGUGGUCAUCCUUGGAGUGAAGGGCUCAGGAAAAUCAGCGUUGACUGUCAAAUUUCUCACCAAGCGCUUCAUCAGUGAAUAUGACCCCAAUCUAGAGGAUACUUACUCUUCUGAGGACAUGGUGGACCAACAGCCUGUCGUUGUGAAAGUUAUGGACACAGCUGACCAGGACGGCCCAGUGAACUGUGAGCGCUACCUCUCGUGGGCCAGUGCCUUCCUUGUGGUCUACAGCAUAGACAAUAGACGGAGCUUUGAGGGCUGCCAACAGUACCUGGAGGCCGUCACCAUCCACACCAAGGCCCUGCAGCCCAAGACCCCCAUUAUACUGCUGGGCAACAAGCUGGACAUGGAGAGAUACAGGCAGGUGAGUAAGUCGGACGGCUCGGCCCUCGCCACCCGUUUCGGCUGCCUGUUCUUCGAGGUGUCUGCUUGCCUGGACUUCCUGUCUGUCCAGCGGGUCUUCCAUGAAGCCGUGAGGGAGGCCAGGCAGCUGGGCAGCAAAAGGAGCUCCCCGUUACGUCCCCUUUACAUCAGUGAGGACAACAAGCCAUUGUUCAGCCUCGCCACCGUGCCCCCGUUCACCACCCCCUGCUACAAGGAGCUCCCAGUGCCCGCCACCGCCAAGCUGGUGACGGUCAAGUCGUCACGGGCACAGAGCAAACGGCGGGCACCCACACUGACGCUGCUCAAGGGCUUCAAGAUCUUCUGAUGAGUCGAUGGAGAAUGAGACCAGACUUAAAGAAUGGAAAUUUGAGACUUGUCUCAAACUUGUGCUCAAACCUUGAGACUUAACUUGGACUUGUGCCAGAGACUGAGACUUAACUUGGACUUGUGCUCAGAGAUUUGAGACUUGACUGAGUGUCUCAGGCUCGAAGACUUGAGACUCAACCUGGACUUUCCAAAAGUGACUUAUUGACAAGUCUGCCAUAGUGGCUUACAAUAUGGACAAGUGAGAGAACUGUGAAAUAGGUUAUGAGAGACAAUGGACUGUGUCAAAUGUGAAAAACAGAACAAAAUGGAGACAGAAUAACAUACAACCAAGCCAUCAACAUACUGUAUGCAGCAGAAGCUGUCAUGGUGAUAUCACCAUCACUUCGUUGGAGCGUGUACCAAAACGUCAUGAUGACUUACUGCACCUUCAAGUGAAGAGAAGGAACAGUAAUUAUCAGAGCUCCUUGAGAGAUGGACAGUAAUGGACUGGUGUUUAAACUGUCAUUGUGAAUGUUGAAUUUAUAUUGCCAAAGUUUUCAAAGUUUGUCUUGAAGUCAGUUGCUGGGACAAAGUUAUGUUAGUUGCCAAAUGUAUUGUGGUGAUUGGAGUGCAUAUGACGGAGAUGAUAUGUUCACUGUAGUAUAGAUUGCUGACACUAUGCACAUGUAUUUUUAUAUGCAUUUUAAUAAGCUUUAAAGGAAAACUAAUUUGAUCGAAUGAAGACAUAUUUUGUUCAUGUAGAUACAUGUUUUAAGUUAUUUGAUGUUAUAACACAAAGUAGCAAGUCAAUCUUUGAGUAAAAGGCCCAGUGCAGUCAAAA